CCUCCAUUUCCCACGCCUCUCGCUCAGCCACAAGAAUCCAAAUCAUCACCGCAGAGAGAGAGAGAGAGAGAGAGAGAGAAAGAGAGGGAAAGAAGAGAGAGAGAAGAGGGAGAGAGACCAUGGCCUCCGCCGUCGUUUGCAAGGGCGAGGAUUCCGCGCCUGCCAGCCUCCUCAAGUCCAGUGCUCCCGUGGCCUUCUGCCCGCUCCGCUCCCCCGCCGUCACCGCCGGCCGCCGCCCGUACAACACCCAGGCCAAGGAGGUCAGCCGCUACUACGACGACGACGACGACGACUACAGCGCCCGCGACCUCGUCACCCCCAGCUUCUUCUCGCAGGACGUGCUCGACUCGCUCGGCGCGCCGACCAGCAUGGCCCGUCUGCUGUCUCUGAUGAAGGCCGGCCUCUCCUCCCCUGCUGGUACUGGGGCGUCGCGGCUCGGACGGUGGGUGGCCAAGGAGGACGACGACGCGGUGUACCUCAAGGUGCCAAUGCCGGGGCUGACCAAGGACCACGUGGAGGUGCGCGCGGACAAGAACAUCCUGGUGAUCAAGGGCGAGGGCGAGAAGCAGCCCUGGGACGGCGACGACGACUCCGCGGUGCCGAAGUACAACCGCCGCAUCGAGGUGCCCGCUGACGCGUACAAGAUGGACAAGAUCAAGGCCGAGAUGAAGAAUGGCGUGCUCUGGGUCACCCUGCUCAAGGUCAAGGAGGACGAGCGCAAGGAUGUCUUCCACGUCAAGGUCGAGUAGUAGUGGUAGUGCUCAUGGAGGAUGGCCAGCGCGAGAGUGUGAGAGACGCCUUGUUGAUGUGGUCAUGUUUGGUGUCUUUCUUCCUUGUCUGGUGGUGAAGUUGGUCGCCAACUCUGUUAAGUUCCUCUAGUUCGGUAAAUUUCCUUGGUGGUGUCCCUUCUUUUUGUGCCUAUCCUUGAGUUUAACUUUGUGAACAGUCAUAUGGGAUAAGGCAUUUCUUUGCUUUGGUGAA